AAAAUGCCCCCGGCGCAUAAGCCAUGGUUUAGUCCGAUUUUUAGCCUUGCCCUGUGAACAUUCCCGUGAACAGUAGUAGUAUCUUUCUGGCUCUCUUUUCCGGUGAUUGGUUUGCAACGAUUCAUAACAAGGAAAAUUCAGUGGAAAAGCGCAGUAUUAACAUUUUCAGUGUGAAAACGAAAAAAAUCAGCGGAAAACACAAACGCAACGGAGAGAAAACAGAAAUUAGUGCGCUGAAAAUCGAUAAAAGCAAAGAUUCCCCACCGCGCGCUGCUGCUAACGAAGAGGCCAACAAAAAAGUGUGUUAAAUCGAAAGUGCAUUGAGCUUUUGUCUGGUCUGGUUUUUCACCGAAAUUCGUUUUCGGUUUCGCGUUAAUUUUGAGUUUACCGAUCCCGGUAACCAUCACCAGCCUCACCAUAGCCGCGAAAAGCAUGGCCACAUAUGCAGCAUUCAAACACGUUGAACUCUACAACGUUGGAAACGCAAAAAAGAGAGUUCUGAAGCCCCCAGGUGGUGGAAGCAGCGAUCUGUUCGGUUCCGACAACAUGCCUCAGACUCCACGCAACUCGAAGAAUCGGCAGCAGUCUAGCAUUUUCGCAGCGCCGGAUUCACAGCGAGCUGGCAACGUAUUUCGACAAGGAAUUCACAGAUACUAUUUAUUCGGCGGUGAAACACCGCGUCGUACCGUCGCCGGUCAGGAUUCGCACAACCGACUAUUCGGCGAGGUGGAACGUCCGUACACUCCGGCCAAGAAUCACAUGAAGAGCAAUCUGCCGAUCGGUGCCGCCGAUCAGCCGGACGCCGGUAAGACCAACGGUCACAGCAACGGAACAAAGGCAAACGGACAUCAUCAGAACGGAAACGGUUUGGCACCGGCAACCAAUGGCCAUAGCAGCAGCAACGGCAACAGUAAUGCAACCGCCAAUGGAUACAGCAACGGUUCUUCAUCGGCUUUGUCCCAGAAUGGAUCCACUCACAUCUUCCUGAGGAGAUUAACAUCGCCUAAAUCAUCGUCUUCGUCGACACCCCGCUCGCCCCGGUUUAACAAGCGGAAUCCGGUCACCGGAAAUGGCGUCGAAGAUUACGCCGACAAGCCGCGGAAGCCGAGCUCGAGGCGUGGAGGUAACUCUUACGAAUCGGGCAACCCGGUGACCGGCGAAGGCUACAAAUCGGGUGGUGCAGCGGAGAUCAACACAACGGUACCGUCGCUGAACGGCGGAGGCCAUGUUAUCAACAAGAAUCGCAUUCCUCCCGGUGGCUUCUCGUCCGGACUGUGGUAAGGCGGCGGCGGCAAACCGUCGCGACUGUGUGUGUACAGUUUAAAAUGUUGUCCGGGUCAUUUGAAGAAGGAAUGGAAAUUGCCAGCAGCACUACUAGCCGAAAAAAAAGACACGUCCCCUGAGAUAAAGCGAGAUAUAAACUAUUUAAACUUCUACACACCUGACAACUACACCGAACCAGAAGAUGCCAGCCGCAAGCCAUCAGUCAGUGAGCAAAGAGAGGAAAACCGUUGCCGCCCGUAAGAAUUCGACGGUUGGUUCCAAAGGGACCAACGCGAGCAAAAAACAAAUACACAGGUCUAGACCAUCCGAAUACCAGUAGCUUCCUGUGCAAAUUUCCAAUGCAAAUUAAAAACAAACAGAAAACUGAUAGUGAUAGUACAUUAUCAUAUAUAUACAUAUACAUAGACGAUUCCGACUAGAUUUUUGUGUGUUCUUCGAUGAAGGUAUUUAGAAGGCAAAGGGAAAAACACACCAUCAUGCAAAUAAUAAUGAAAUGAAAAACGAAAUGAGAAAAACAAUUUAAUCCGCGUUUACGAUAAAAAAAAAUCAAUUACCUUUUCUGUGUAGAAUAGAGAAGCAAUAGAGAAUCAACACUUGGCAAAUAUCCCACGGGGAAGGAAAGCAAAUCUCUAUCGAUUCCGGUUUGAAUUAAUGGGAGAUUAAUCGAAAGUGGAACGACGAAUACUCGAAUCGAAAAAUGCGAAAAAGGAAAACUAUUUAUCAGCUGUUGGCAAUGGUUGGGAAGUAACAGCGCAAACAUAUUUAAGAACCAAGACACCAAAUCUAACAACAGUUUGUCCGGCUGUUACGGGGCAGAAUGAUGAGAUCGAAACUAAUAAACAACGUUGAGAGCAAUUACUAAACUUAUCACACAGCAAAAAUCCAAUACACGUACACAGAGCAGUAAGCUACACGAACAUAUUUAAGACAAGUGUAGUGACGAAUCCGAUCAAGGAUUAUGGUUUCGUGGACCUUUGUUUUGUAUUUUUUUUGGGACAGUAAAACAUGUACCACUUUUACACCAGAUCAGCAUACAAGUAUUGUCAAUCCUUUGAGUGUUCGUUUUGUGUCAGUCUUAUCGUUGCUUGAUCGGUUUAUUCGUAAUAUUGAUUAAAUUAAUCAAAACUGCUAGUUUUUUUUUGACAAUGAUCACAUUCACUUUUUUGCUAAUAAAACAUACAGUUGAAUAACCUAUAUAUUUGUCAUAUUAUUGUAUUUGUACUCUUAUAAAAAUAUUACGGUACGAUUAUAUACGAAGCGAAAGUGGUAUCUUUCCAACUAUUAUCUUACUUUCUCCGGAAUACGACUAAGCCUUAUUUGAUGAUUUUCAUAAAAUUAUUAAAUAUGCCUGUAAGUAGCGGUUCAAAAUUAAAUGUGAACGAAAGUGGCCUCAAAAGAAGUAGAACGUUUUUUCCAAAACUGAAUAUAUAAACUCUAUUUAACCUGUUAGAAGGAUAGUGAUCGAGCGAUAGGGAAAGCGAUAAAGUUAUUAGAAAAGUCAUACGAUUUGAACAAUGAUGGUUGAUAAUAAAAAAUUGUAAUUAUGAUAAUGGUUGGAACGAGAUAUGCUGAACCAAUUGAAGUGAGGAGUUGUAUAUCAAACACACACACACAACAGCAGAAAGAGAGAUAAAAAGGAAUAAUAGCGAUGUCGAUACAUUCUAUAUAUUUGCAUUACACUUUGAGAUAACAUGAUGAUAAGAAGAAAAUUAAUACAAUCUCCAGCAAAUAAUGGCAAAACCAUAGAAAAAACGUAUCUUGAUUAUUGAACUUGAUUGAAUCACUUCUUUUCAUUUGUAAUAAUAAAUUUUAAUUUAAUAAAA